CACGAUUCUAGAUCAACAACCUACCCCAGACCGACCUGCCCCAGACCUGCCUUGCAGCAACGCAACGAGAAUCCUCCACGCAAGCAUCCAUCCACCUUCGACCAGGGCUCGUGCUUCAAUAUAAAUAAGGGACAACCUCCCCUCAACUUCCCAACACCUUCAAGCUGUAUUCCUCCGACUUCUUAGAUCCCUUCCCCUCCAGCCCCUUCUCCAUAUUCUCAUCAGGCUAUCAUUCCUACUCUGUUACCCGGCUGCUCGAGUCACUCACCAUGGAGACCUUCCCACCGUCCCCCGAUGGGGGUGAGGAACUUGGAACGGGCGUCCCGCAAAAUUACCUCCUAGACCUUUUCUUCCCUGGAUUUUCUGUAUUCUCCUCGGCCCUCAACAAAUACCUCCAUAUUGACCUGAACUUGUACAUCCCGCUGGUCCUCCUUUUCGGCGGACUCACCUUCACAUGGCGUUACUUCAGCGAGUACUUUUCAGACCUGGCCGAAUCGCACCUGAUGUCACGGUGUGAUGUUCGCGUCGAUGAUGAGAUCUUCAACUACCUGAUGGCCUGGGUGUCCAACCAGCGCUUCGCUCAGGGCGCGAGGAGAUUCGUUGUGAACACAAACCUCAAUAGUCGAUCCUGGUAUCUAUGGCGCAGUUUCGACGAUGACGAGGAGGGCGAGGAGGGCGAAGAAGGCGGCGCAAUGGGGCAGAAGAAGAAGGCCCUCGCCUACACGCCCACGUUCGGCAGCCACUGGUUUAUCUACAAGGGCCACAUCCUCUCCUUCCGCCGGACGCAGAACCAACAACAGUCGGCGUUCAUGACGGCCAGCGAGCGCGAGGAGAUCUCCAUCUCGUGCUUCGGCCGGAACCCGACCAUCCUCAAGGAGCUCCUGCACGAGGCGAGGGAUGCGUUCCUUAAGAAGGACGAGGCCAAGACGGCCAUCUACCGGGGCACCUCCAAGGCCGGGAGCUCGGAGCCGCAGUGGCAGCGGUGCAUGUCGCGGACGUCGCGGCCCUUCUCCACCGUCAUCCUGAACGACCAGCUGAAGCAGGACCUGAUCGACGACGUGACCGACUACCUCAACCCCACGACCCGGCGCUGGUAUGCCAACCGCGGCAUCCCCUACCGCAGGGGCUACCUGCUCUACGGGCCCCCAGGCACCGGCAAGUCCUCGCUCAGCCUGGCCCUGGCGGGCUUCUUCAAGAUGCGCAUCUACAUCGUCAGCCUCAGCUCCGUCACCGCCAACGAGGAGAACCUGGCCACGCUCUUCGCCGAGCUGCCGCGGCGCUGCGUCGUCCUACUCGAAGAUAUCGACACCGCCGGCCUGACACACACGCGCGAGGACGGAACACAGGCCCCCGUGGCUCCCGCCAACGCCGACGGCGACGAGGCACCCAACCCCCGCCCGGCGCAGCCCGGACAGCCAGCCGUCCCCAACCCCAACGCCUCCGGCCGCCUGUCCCUCUCGGGCCUGCUCAACAUCCUGGACGGCGUCGCCUCGCAGGAGGGUCGCGUGCUGAUCAUGACGACCAACCACAUGGAGAAGCUGGACAAGGCGCUGAUCCGCCCCGGCCGCGUGGACAUGAUCGUCAAGUUCGACCGGGCGGACGCCUCCAUGACGUCGCAGAUCUUCAAGGCCAUCUACGCGCCGCUCGAGGGCGACGACGCGCCGGUCCCGGGCAGCAGCAGCAGCAGCCCGGCGGCCGGUGGCACCGGCACCGGCACCGGCGCCGACGCCACGCCGUCCACCUCGCGCGCGCUGUUCCAGCUGGAGCGCAGCAUCAAGGCGGCCGUGCCGCGGCUGACGCCGGAGGAGGAGCGCAAGCGGGAGGCGGCGGUGGCGGAGGCGGCGCGCAAGAAGGCCGAGACGACGGCGCGGGUCGGGGUGCUGGCGGGCGAGUUCGCGGCCAAGAUCCCCGCGCACGAGUUCUCGCCGGCCGAGAUCCAGGGGUUCCUGCUCAAGAACAAGCGACACCCGGAGAAGGCGGUGGCGGGCGCCGAGGAGUGGGUGGCGGCGACGCGCAAGGAGAAGAAGGAGAAGGAGCUGAAGGAGGCCGAGGAGAAGAGGGAGGCGGAGAAGAAGGAGAAGGAGGAGGCCGAGAAGAAGAAGAAGGAGGAGGCGGAGGAGAAGGAGAAGGAGAAGGAGAAGAAGGAGAAGAAGGGGGGGAAGAAGAAGCGGGCUUCGAAGAAGUCGUCGAGGAAGAGCAAGAGCAAGGAGGCGGCCGGGAGUGGCGCGGACGAGGGGUCGGCUUCUGACCCUUCGUCGUCUGAGGCCGAGAGCGAGUCGUCCGAGUCGGAGCGCGAGGAGAAGAAGUCGUCGAAGAAGAAGCGCAAGUCUCCCGCCGCUGAUCCUUCCGCUACUCCGGCGGCUGCUCCUGCUGCUCCCCCGGCUGCUACCGCCGACGUUGCCGUCGCCCCUGUCGAGCUGGAAAAGAAGGACGCGUCCGACUCCAAGGUGGAGCCCGUCGUCGUCGUCCCGACUAUCACCGUCGACACGGUCAAGGCGAAGGAGGCCGCUGAGCUGCCGCUACGGACCCCGGGCGCUGAUUCAGGGUAUGGGACGCCAUCGGAAGCAAGUGCCGAUCGCGUUGUUGAGGCGCGUUGAGCCUUCUCCGACCCCUGAUUAUCGGACCAUGGGUACGUAAUCUGGAUGGCGUCAGAGGUUUUGGUGAUGUUACCUACUGUUUUGGGGGGUUUCGCUUGGGAGGGAGGAUGGUUGGUUGCAUAGAGUGGAGUUCUGGGGUUUGGAGACCGUUUGUUUUGGUGUUUUCAUUUCUUGGACAGAGCGGGAGAGGUAGA